GCCCUCUUCACAUACGCAUCAACAUGGCGACGUGCGGAAAUAUGGGGCGAAGCAGGAGAAUUAUUUCUGCAUUUUCUGCCUUUUUUCUGGUUAUUUUCCUCCAGCUGUUAGUCACCGGCUGCUUGUCAGCCCCGCUAGCCGAGGCGCCGGACGAAACUGACAGCAAGACAACAGAAAAACCCACUUUGACUUCUCAGAAACCUGAUCCAACUGUGUCAAGUUCAGCCACCACAACUUCCAAGGUCGACACUGUCGCAACUUCCACGGUCACAGAUGCCGUUGCAACCACUGUCGGUGCAACCUCUGGUGUUCCCACAACAACAAAACCUGAACCAAAGGAAUCUACAAAUAAAGACGAAAAGUCUUCAGUUAGUGUCAUCGGUAGCUCUGCUGACCAACUUCAGCAGAGUAUUAAUGACACUUUGGAUGCAGGAACAAAGGACAACAAAACCCAAGACGCAGAGGAGCUGCCACAGAAACCUCAAACCCCAAUGAAUGAUACUCCCGAAGCUCCCGCCACCCCUUCCAAAUCCGACGCACCGACAAGCCCUGAAGCGGACAAGUCCGAAGCUCCUCAGACCGACCUCAAAGAGCCCGACUUAACGGACCCAUUCGCGGGGUCGGACCUCGACUCCGACUUGGGGUUGGACACCACUGAUAAUGAACCGGGAACUCGCAACAGUUUGACAGACUUUGGAGGAGAAGAAGAAGAAGAAGAUGACGAAGACGGUUACAAGGAGGACAGCUACGCGGACGCCGACGACAGCCCGUACGACGAGAAGGUGGAAAACGUUGAAAACAAGCUGCAGCCGGCCACGGAGAUGGAGGUGCCCUCUUACAAGGGACCGGACAGCUACAACACCGAAGACGAGGACUCCCACUUCUUCUUUCAUCUCGUCAUCCUGGCCUUCCUGGUGGCCAUCGUCUACAUCACCUACCACAACAAGAGGAAGAUCUUCCUCCUGGUGCAGAGCCGCCGCUGGAAGGACGGUCUGUGCUCCCGCAACUCGGUGGAGUACCGCCGCCUGGACCAGAACGUGGCCGAGGCCAUGCCGUCCCUCAAGAUGACCCGAGACUAUAUUUUUUGAUGCGGGGGGAACAGUACGUCCAGACUUAAACACAGCUAGUCGGACUUCGUGCCUCUCCAUUCAUUGUUGAGCUGCUGUGCUUUGUUGUGGAGCUUGGUCGAUGCUUUCUUCUUGCUUUUACAGGCCCGUUGGAGAGCAAGCAGCGCGAUGUCUUACAGAUAGACUAUUCUCUCGUCUGAGAUUGUUUCUCUUUAUCUUUUAUUUGUUGUAUUAUUUUUUGCUAAAUUAAUAACUUCUUGGGGUUUUUUUUUUUUUUGAUUAACUAGGGGAUAUAAAUUUUAUUUUGGGAACAUUUUACUGCACACAUGGUUGUUUUCCUUCUUGCACACUGCUGAAUAUUUUUCAAACAGAAAAUUAAGAGGGUUAGACUUUAUUGUAAUGUAAAUGUCGUAGUUUAAUCAUACGAGUUGAUCGUUUACCCCAGGAGCUCUCUCCUCUUAAUUGACACAAAAUGCUGCUUUUCACUGCAGUUAUCAGACCGUGCAUACUUAAAGAUUGUGAAGUUGUAAGUGUGUCGCAGAUAGAAGCCCUGUUUAAGGUGUUUUGUGUUUCUGAAUCCAACCGUUUCACCGUCACAUGUGAUUUUGACGACACUUUUACAGAAAAUGCAGGGUAGCCUUUUCGUUUUGAUUUAACUUUUCAUUCUGUCACAUUAAUAUCCACUUUAAGCAUUAAGCCAAGGAAGGUGAGGGGAGGGUAGCAUUAUGUCGGGAAAGCCAUUUAAAUGAAGGCGGAUGCUGUUAGAAUGUACUAAUAUGAUGUAUGUAAGCAGGUGGACCUUUUUUUACAUAUAUAUAUAUAUAUAUAUUUACUUCAUCACUUUAUAUUGAACUUGUUACAUACCUCUUCUACUGCUCAGAUUUUGCUGUGCAGGAAUCGCGGAGCUGGCCCUGUUUGUUUUAUGACUUCGGUGAAGUCUCUGUUCCUCUUCAAUGUGGCGUUCCCUCCUUCUCACACAAAGCUUUUAUUUUUAGUCACCCCCCCCCCCUGGUCAGGGUAGAUCGGUGGACUAUUACCUCUGUUUGUCUGACUUUUUGCACCCUGUGUGUAUUGUAAAACAAAAAAAAAAUUUUUGGGCCUUCCCAUUUCAUCACAGCCACGUGUUGUUUUUUCUUUCUGUUGCCACUUCAUGCCUUCUGUCAGUUUGCCACACAAGUUACUCGUUAUCUUUUCGCCACCUGCCAGUUUGGUUCAGUUGUCGUGUCUAUAGAAAAGGCACACAGUUAGAAGGAUUUGCACUGUCCUGUUCAGUACGAGGGGUGGGGUGGGGGGGGGGGGGUAUGCCCUGCGUAAAUGUGACGGAUCGACACUACCCUUGCAAUCAACAGUAGAAACUGUACAAUCUUUUUUUUUUGUUAUUAAAGCACAAUUUGUUCGCUUUGCAAUUUCUUGGAGAAAUGCUUUAUUAGACAGGGCAAGUGGUGAAUUGAGAAUAAUCUUCACAUUGUUAUUGUAAUGAAUUCCGCUGAAACUUUUUUUAUGUUCUAACAACUGAAUUUCCCUUGGAGUAAAUAAAGAAUCUAUAUAAUCUAA